CCAUUUUUCUCCCCUUUAGGGUUAGCGCACUGAGUCAGCACGUCACUUGAGCCUGACAGCUGACUCAUCUGCACGGCUGACUCAGCAUUAGGCCUGCAAAUCAUUUUUGGCUUCCCGUCGUAAACAAAUUAAUUAAUCAAUCUUAUCAGCCCAGCAGGCGACGUCAAGGCAAGACAUCCAACAGCUGACGAGCCAACUCUGCGACCGGACGAGCAGCUACUGCGGUCGAUGACCCUGCAGCCGGACGGGGAGAGCCAACAGGAGGCACCCGGGAGCCAUCUCAGGCCGUUUGUCUCGCUCAAUCCACCACACAUACCCUCUCUUUGAUACAUCUCUGGCCGCGCAUAUACGGCGCCAACGCAUCAGCAGGUCCAGUCUGUCCACGCUGUCCGUCCUCUCCCACUUCUCCCUCAGCAAGGCGCGUCAUGGGCUGCCCGAUCUGACAAUGAACCAGCACCGCAGUUGUUCCCUGGCCCCGUUUGACCAAGAUAAAUCAGUGGGAUUUCGACCCCAGCGGUACUACACUGCCUUCUUCCAUCCUUAUACCUGCCUGCCUACCUACCUACCCACCCACCACCUCUUUCAUACCUCCUCAAGCCCAAACCAUCCUGGCCAAUUCCCUUCAACACAGCACCACAAAGCACGCACUGCCUGACUCCGGCCCCAUCCCGUAGCUGUUGAACGAUGAAACAGCCUCUCCAGAAGCUCAGAAAAAUGCUACAUCUCCGCAGACCAAGUGCUAACUCUAAUGUGGUUAUUGUUAAAGCUCCGACCUCAUCGUCAGCUUCUAUUUCUGCAUCCGUUUCCACUGCCACCUUUGAAACACCGCCCCAAAUCUCUUUCCUCGACGUUGAGACCAACCUGAACAUGCACUCGCCCAACGGUUAUUUCGAUAGCCAUGUCUCUGAUGGCGCCAAUGGCACAAAUUACAGCACCAAUGGUGUUCCCAGGCGAGACGAACCCAUCCGUGCGUUUUACCCCGUCCACAACCUCGUGUUUUUUUACCGUUCGAAUAGGCGGACACUGACAAAAAAUGAAAGCGAUAGUUGGCCCGAUAUCUCCACUUACUAAUGGUGAUCCUAUCCUACCCUCGACAUCACCCCCAGAAUGGUCCUCUGCCAUCGGCCACGCAAUGACCGGUAAAUCCGGUAGAGUCAUUCACAAUCUCCAGGAACAAAUCACACGUCUUACUCGUGAAUGCAACCUCCACCGAACCCGAGCCGAAGAAGCCCAGCGCAUGAACGAAGUAUUAAAACAACAACUACAGACCGUUACCGAUCGACUACGCAGCUCCGAGCAGUCCCACGAAGCAAGUCUGAUAACAAUCGCACGCAAGGACAGGAAAAUAGAAGAUCUCAAAUCAGAAACACAAAGCGAAAAGAACAGACGUCUAAAGGCCGAAAACGAUGCCGCGGAAACCACACAACUUGCCCAACAACAGCGCGAAGAGCACCAGCGAGCCUUUGCGGAAGCACAGGAAAUUGCCCAGCGAUCUCAAUGCCAAUAUGAUGCUCUAUCCCAGGCCCGAUUACGUGACAGAAACGAGUUUCAGUCCCGUUUCAGCAUGUUCAGGAAAGAUUUUGACGAGCUAAUAAAGCGCGAGCAAGAACGGCAGAGUCAGCUCAGCAGACUGGACGUUAUCAUCGAACAAAAGGACCGUGAGAUACGAGCUGCUCGUGACCGGGCAGAGAAAAUUACCUCGUUAUAUGAAGAGUACAAAUCGCGCAGUGACGAAGUGCUACAAAACCUCGUGGAGAAAGGAAGGCAGAACGAUCGAGACGUCGACACUGUGCUGAGAGAUGCCCGAGAGACCACCGACAAGAUGAAAUGGGUUGUCAACGUCAAGCAAAACGUCAAAGGUGCCAGAUGAUAGCUAUCUCCUGUUUUUGCGCCACCUCUUCCCUUCCACCUUUUACCUUUUCUCGGUCAAAUCACCUGGUUUGACGUGUAUAACAGUUCCGCUGGAUCGGAUUUCUUUCUUGUCUUCUACUUCCCUUUUUCUUCUUGAUACCUUUUACCAUUGUUCACUUCAUUCGCAUAAUUCCAAGUUGCCGGAGUUCGGAGUUGGACCGGACCAUCCAUCAUGACCACUGGACCCGGGUUGGAUUUCUAUUACCCUAGCUUGACUUUCUUCCUGUUUCACGUUCAACCCCAUCCCCAUGGAUUAGAUGGCUUCAUCUGCCUACCAACACCCGACCCUUGCAUUUGCACCCUCUCACCCGACGGCUCUACAUACGAUUCGACCGACACGUCCAGGAUACCCCUAAAGCAUCGACCGGAAGUCUCACCCCUUAAUCUUCCUCUUUCACAUCUUCAUCCGCCACUUCCACUACUUCCAUUUUUAUUCUCGGCCUCCGCUAUCUCCGGCUAUAUUCCCUCAACCACGAUCUCACGUCUUAUUCCUUUGAUUCUACUGUACGAAUACAUUUUUGGUGGGGGAUGAAAUAGCAUGAAACAAAGCAGCAUUAGACUAGUCAUAGGGAGGGUGUCUGAGUUGUACCUUUUUACCUUCUUCCUUUUUUGAUUCUUUUCUUUCUACAUCCAUCCCAUUUACAAGGAAGGACAUGGCAGGGGAGGCCAAAAAUAUGUAAGGACAUCAUCGCCUUUUUCGUUUUGCUUUUUACCUGCAUUUUCCUUGACACCUCUCUUGUCCAGUUUCAAAAUGAUUCUGAUAUUGGCAUUUUGGUUGCAUUAGUAUAUCUUUUCUUCGACUUUAGUGCAGAUACUUAGAUUGAACUGCUUAUUCAAUACUUAUUAUAUUAUUCUUCCACCAUUAGUACUCUGCAUAUCAAUCCCCCCCUUGAAGGU